UUUGUUUCAUGAGCGUUACUGUGUACAUCAGCUCGGACUGAGGAAUAACUUCAGUGAGCACAUAAGAUGCACUGAGGAUCCUUUACAACUGUUCACUUUUGAGGAGGGCAGUGAAGGGAAAAGUGAUGGCAGGAGAGAAGAGUACUCCAGAGGACAAACACUCUUCCAGAGUAAUUUGGGUGGUGUUUGUGGCUCUUCUGCUGGACCUGCUUGGCUUCACCCUAAUCCUUCCACUUCUUCCAUCCAUUUUAGACCACUACAGUCAAACAGAGGAUAAUGUAUACCAGUCCCUGCAAAGCUUUGUAGACUGGUUUAGAGGGACUGUAGGGGUACCUAUGGAAAGAAAAUACAACAGUGUUCUUUUUGGAGGUCUGAUUGGCUCACUCUAUUCUUUGCUACAGUUUCUUUUCUCUCCAGUAAUAGGAGCUGCAUCUGAUCAGCAUGGAAGAAGACCAAUGCUGUUUUUAACUACUGUGGGACUGAUAUUCUCCUACAUUCUGUGGGUGGUCUCACACAACUUCAGUAUUUUUCUCCUGUCUCGUGUUGUGGGAGGAAUAUGUAAGGGAAAUGUCAGCCUAUGCACCGCUGUUGUUGCUGACCUGCCAUGUCCUAAAGCAAGAAACCGAGGAAUGGCAAUGAUAGGUGUUGCUUUUUCCUUGGGUUUCACCCUGGGUCCAAUAAUGGGAGCUUACUUUGCACUAAAACCAGUGGAUGCUGAGUUAUUCUACCAAGGUCCUGCUUUACUAGCAGUUUUUUUCUCUAUAGCAGACCUGCUCUUCAUCAUUUCUAUGCUUCCAGAGACUUUGAACAUGGACAGCAAGGGUUCUUCAGACCACACAGGGGUCAGGGUUCAGGAGCUUGGAGAUCUGCUUAACCCAGUGGCACUUUUCAACUUUUCUGCUGUUACAAGAACAAAGCAGCCACCAUCCAACCAACGCAUGCACAACCUAAAAGUACUGGGCUUGGUGUACUUCUCAUACCUCUUCCUUUUCUCUGGGCUGGAGUUUACACUAAGCUUCUUGACUCAUCAGCGCUUCCAGUUCUCCAGUAUGCAACAGGGAAAGAUGUUCUUCUUUAUUGGCAUCACCAUGGCAACAUUCCAGGGUGGAUAUGCCCGUAAGAUCCAACCAGGUCACCAAAUCCGGACAGUUCGCAUGGCAGUAUUCUUACUGAUUCCUGCCUUCUUGCUUAUUGGAAUGGCAUGGAACCUAAUAGUGCUGUAUGUUGGCUUGUUUCUGUAUUCCUUUGCGGCUGCCAUUGUUGUGCCAUGUCUUUCAGCACAAGUAUCUGGACAUGGGACUGCCAGUCAAAAAGGGACCGUGAUGGGCAUCCUUCGUAGUCUUGGAGCAUUGGCUCGAGCACUGGGUCCUAUUGUGGCAUCUUCAGUGUACUGGUUGGCUGGAGCAGAGACGUGCUUUGUAGCGAGUGCGGUCUUCUUUGCUGUUCCUUUGUUCUUACUGAACAGACUGGAAAGACAAAAAGAGGACUAGAACAGUCAUGCUGCCUUCACUAAAGUUUUUUUUAACUAUAAAAAUACUUUAUCAUUGAAGAACAUUUUGUAAAAACAUAUUUUUAUGCAUUUUUUUAUGAUUUUAUGCAACCUCAUAUGGUUUAACAGUGGUAUUAUUUUUAAAGACUACAUUGAAGUAAGAAUGAUGGUUUGGCAAUACAUGUGGGUUUAUUAGCUAUUGCUUCUAUAAGAUAAAAUAUUUUACACUUUGCAAAUCAUUUCGAAGCGACCUAAACACCUAUUUAAAGUGGUUCAACCUCAUUGUUGCAUAAUAUUUUUUGUAUACACAUAAUAUUGGGUGCAUUUGAUGCUUUAUAAAUGAGACUGUAAUGAACUGGUACUCUGUUGAUGGUACGAUCUCACUUUCCAUUGAGUGUUCCCAGAAUAAGAUCAAGAAUAAUAAUGCAGAUAGGAUGAAGUGGGGACUAAAAAUAAAUAAAUAUACUUGUAUACUUAUAUAUAUAUUAUAUUUUAAUAAAUACUUAAGUAUGUAGUGUGA